AACAAAAGCAGAUUGGAAGAUUGAAACGCCGACAAUUUAUCUUGAACGCCUCUCUUCUUCUGCGCAAAAUCUCAACUGUGAACCAUCUUAAAAAAUGGAAAGGCUGAUCCACUAUUCUAACCCUACCCCCUUCAAAAUCCGCCUAAAACCCUCUCCUCAUCUCCCUCUCUACCGCCCAUUCCAGGCCGCAAAGCUCACUACUGUUCCACCCUCGUCCCGGCUGCUCCUCAGAUCCCUCUUCCGCAAACACAACCACUCAUCAUCAUCAUCUUCUUCUUCUUCUUCUUCUUCUUCUUCCAUCACACAAUUGUCUCACUCCUCUUCUUCUCCUUCUGUCGUGGAUUCACCCCAUGGGUCGAAGCCCACGCCCCAUUUUGUCAACCAAAUCGUGGAAAGAUCUUCUGAGCUUCGAAAGGAAGUUUCUGCCAGAACGGUUGUACUACUUUCAGCUCUCAUCGUGAUAUUAAUCCAUCCAGUUAUCGUCUCACCUGCUUUUGCUACAUUUCAAAAUGCCGCUAAGACAGGGGCUCCUGCUAGACUCCUCCGCACCGAAUUACUAAGCAGCGCUUGGACCGGUUUCGUUGCCGGUUGCUUACACACACUAUCGGGUCCCGAUCACCUCGCUGCUUUGGCUCCACUCUCAAUUGGCCGCACUCGAAUGGAGAGCGCUGCAGUUGGAGCACUGUGGGGUUGCGGUCAUGAUGCUGGACAAAUGAUUUUUGGGUUACUGUUCUUACUACUCAAAGAUCGGCUCCACAUUGAAGUCAUCCGAAGGUGGGGAACAAGAGUGGUGGGCUUUACACUACUUGUUAUUGGCGCUAUGGGAAUCAGAGAAGCUUCCGAGGUCCCUACCCCGUGCGUUGCCUUAGAAAAUGGCGAGUGUGACGUUAGUGACUAUGAAACUCCAACAAUUGGGAAGAAGAAGAAGAUUGGGUUUGCGACUUUUGCCACGGGAAUUGUGCACGGGCUCCAACCUGAUGCUCUGAUGAUGGUUUUGCCAGCACUAGCUUUGCCUUCUCGCUUAGCUGGCGCUGCAUUUCUAGGAAUGUUCUUGGUUGGGACGGUUGUUGCGAUGGGUAGUUAUACCGUAUUUAUUGGCUCAUGUAGUGAGGCAUUGAAAGAGAGGGUACCUAGAAUUACUGAGAAGCUCACUUGGGCUUCCUCUCUGAUAGCAAUUGCUCUUGGACUAGCAAUCAUCAUUAGCCAGUUUUUUGGGUUUAGCUUAUAUUGAUUUGAGUUUGAGAUUUCUUUCAUCUGUAGAUUUAGGAAAGAUUUUGAAGAUUAAUGGAUUUAGGAUUGUUACGGCGGGGUGAGAAUCAUCAAUCCUUGUUACUUGUUUUAUUGCCUACAUUGUUAUUUUGAUCAAAGUUUUAGUUUUUCUAUAAGAGUUCUGAUUUGUUUA